UACUGGCACCCGGACCAAACAAAUUAUUUCGCCAAUAUAUGACUUCUAUAUUUUUACCUUAAAAUGGACGAGGAAGAACAUCUGCACAGGUUCGGCACUCCAUUACCGGCUCUAGAGAAGGAUGUUGUGCCCGCCAAGAAGCCAGUGGCCAUUGAGGAUCAAAUUGUUAAGGAUGAAAAUGGCAAGCGGAGGUUCCAUGGUGCCUUUACCGGUGGCUUCAGUGCUGGAUUCUGGAACACCGUGGGCUCCCUGGAGGGUUGGACGCCGCAGACCUUUAAGAGCUCGCGGGCGGAGAAAGCCACGCCGAGGGUUCAGUUGAAACCGGAGGACUUCAUGGACCAGGAGGAUUUGGGUGAGUUUGGCAUCGCACCGCAAGGAAUUCGCACCCGCGAUGAGUUCGCCAAGGAGGACGAGCAGGAACAGCGUUCAGGUCAACGGCGUCGCAAGCUGAUGCAGCCGGAAUUAGGAUCAGGACCCAUACCAGGAGUUCCUGUGCUAGAGAAACUACUUCGUCCGGUGCGAGAUAAGGUGGCUGUUCGCAUACUCAAGAGCAUGGGCUGGAAACCCGGCCAAGGAGUGGGACCGCGGCAAACUCGAAAGGAGAAACGCCAGGCCACCGCUAGGAACACUAGGGAGCAGUACCUCCUUGAGCACUACGGCGCGGAGGGAUUACCUCCACAGACAGAGGCAACUGAAGAAGAUAGCAAUGCUGAGGAUGAAGACGACGAGGAUAUAACCUUUGCGCCGGACGACUACGAGCCCAUCUUCUUCACGCCCAAGGAGAAUCGCUUUGGCAUGAGCUACUCCGGACUUAGCCGCGAUCCCAUCCUCUCCAAAUCUUCUAGCACUGCCAAGCCCAUGGAGCACAUUAAUCUCUUUGGCCAGUUGGAAGAACAGGCCAACAAAAAGCAGCUCUCCAUACGGGGUCAAGCCUUUGGUGUCGGAGCCUUCGAGGAAGAGGACGACGAUAUCUACGCCCGCGAUGAUAUGACCCGGUACGAUUUCUCGCUGGCGGACAAGAAGCCCAAGCAAAAGAAGCAGCAACACGUCCAGCAGCGUCAUGUCAUCGAUGGCUUCAGUGAGGACAAAUCAGGGGCAGCUCUGCAGAAGCCCUACUCCAUUGAUUUACCAAGGGAUUUCCAGCCCAGGAAUUGGCUACAGCGAAAAAGCCGCUUUGCUCCCAUGGACAAGGAACGAGCGAAAAAACUGGAAACAGCCACGGAGUACAAACGUUCGGGUUUGGGAAGGCAUGAUCUCAAUCCUGAUCAGCGGGCGGAGCUUCUUGGAGAGCAGAAAAAAGAAAAGAUAGCGCAGGAAGAGCAGCCCAAACGGAAUCCUUUCAAGGAUCGAGGAAAAUCGCUGCUAGAACGCAUCAAUGCCAGGACUGCGGGUUUCACCAAGGGCGGAGUGAUCACCGAAAGUGGCGAGGAGAAACAAACGGAAUUGGUUAAAGAAGUGAAGGAAUCGAAUGCGGCCAUACUGGAGAAAGCUGCUCUCAAGACCAAGGAUUUGGCACCCUCAACAUCAUCUUCAGGGGCUUUUAAACCCUUUCUGGCUGAUGAAGCUAAACAGCUGCGCUAUGAAAAAUUUGUAGCCUCAAAGCUUACAAAUGACACAGAAAUAACAGAUCUUCUGGCUAGCAUGCAACCUGUUACGCUUUCCCUGUGGGAUAGAGAGAUGGAGAAGAAGGAGUUUAUCCAGGCGGCAAAGAUCUAUCGUCCUAUGGACGGCCUAAUGAACGACAGAUUUGUAUCGGAAGGCAAUGUACAGGAAGAGAAGGUCAAGGAGCAACAGAAGACGCCGGAAGAGCGAAAGAUCGUGAUGGAAAGGACCAAAACCAUGUGGAAACCCACCUCGUUACUUUGCAAGCGGUACAAUAUUGCUGAGCCGUUUGGCGGCGCUAUGCUUGAACCAGAAAAAGAACUGAAAACUAAGCCGAAGAUCUCGGUAUUUGAUUAUCUGGAGACGUCUGUUAACACUAAAGCAAACUUUCAGACUCCUUCCAUUAUACCCAAGCACAUAGAAAAGCCCAAGGAAGUGAAACCACCAACUCCAUCUCCAGCUCCUCCUCCGGCAGUUGAGGAACAGGAUAAACCCUCUGCAAAAGAAGAGCCAUCCAAGUUUACUUUCGUGCCCAAGACUCCCUUGGAACAGGCGGUGGAUGAAUCGCGCAACAAACCCAUUUCAGAGAAAACGGACCUGUUCAAAAGCAUCUUCGAUGACAGCGACGAGGAGGAGACAGUUGCUGAACAGCCAGAGAAUCCAGCUCAGGAUAAAUUGGCUGCUCUACAAGAAGCCCUAGGCUUACCCUCAAUGUCCGCCACUUCAGCUGCCGCACAUAAUGUCCUGAGGAAUACUUCUCCCCCCAGAGGAAUAUUUGCAGCUCUAUUUAAACCCAAGGAAGUGACGCCACCCGAGGAGCCACCUCCACCCAAGUUUACUCCUAUCGAGGGCAAUAAGUUGAAAAUCUCGUACAAAUCAAGAGAAGAACGACUGAGAAACGAUAAAGAGUUGGCAAUGGCUGAGGUGCCGCCCGAGGAUAUCUACGGACCAAAGUUGCCGGGAGCAGUUCCCCAGAAACCUGCAGCCCCAGAGGACCAUGCAGAAGUCAACAUUGAUGCAAAGCUACAACAGCUUUGGCAGCAGCACGCCCCUAAAAAGCGGAAAGCUGAAAAGUGGGUCGAAAAGAAGAUCAUCUCCAGCAGCGAAGACAGCGAUGAUAGUUCCAGCAAUGACUCUUCAUCUUCAGAUUCCUCGGACGGCAAGGCAAAGAAAUCCAAACUUAGCAAAGCCAAGAAGUCGCACAAGAGCUCCAGCUCAAAGAAGACCAAGAAAUCAAAACUGAAAUCCAAGAAAAAGUCCAAAAAGAGCGAUAAAUGCAAACACAAGACCAAGAAAAAGAAGAGCAAACACUGAUUUUAAAUACCUAAUAAAUAGUUACCGAUUUCUCUUUUCUUAAGUCAA